CUAGGCAGCCGUAGCAGCGGCUGCAGGAGCUGGGCGCCUGGCUGGGCCCCCUUCCCGGUGGAGCGCAGCCCCUCCAGCCCCUGCGCAUAAGGCUAUCGAUUCCCAACUUCAGCUACAGUGAUAGCUAAGUUGGGAAAGAAACAUUCAGAGAAGCCGUGUCCCCUCCUGCUCCCCGUGCGUCCCCUCCUCUGCGCCCGCGGCUGGGGUACAGGACUGGCAGCGCAGCAGAGCGAGCAGGAAUCGGGGCGCAAGCGGACAUGACUCGGGCAGCAGAGCAGACAAGCGGCGGAGGAUCCUGUGGAUCCUGUGUCAAUUAUUUUACAUCUGCAAAGUUUCUUCUUUAUCUUGGACAUGCACUCUCCACUUGGUUGAUUUUAAAAAUACAACCUCAAAACAAAAACCAGUAUGCUUCCGCUGUUGAAAACAGCUAGCUUUGGAGAAGUUGAGACAAUGUGGAGUAGCAUGAAAGUACUGGAGAUCGGAUGUGGCACUUUGCAGUGUCUGUCUUUCUGGUUGAACUUUAUGGAAACAGCCUACUCUUGACUGCCGUCUAUGGACUGGUUGUGGCAGGAUCAGUUCUCCUUUUGGGAGCCAUUAUAGGAGAUUGGGUGGACAAGAACCCAAGGCUUAAAGUGGCUCAGACUUCCUUGGUUGUACAGAAUGCAUCUGUCAUCCUGUGUGGUAUCAUCCUGAUGAUUGUCUUCUUGUUUAAGACCCAACUUUUGACCUUGUACUCGGGAUGGCUUCUUACCAUGUGCUAUAUCCUGGUUAUCACAAUAGCAAAUAUUGCAAAUUUGGCCAGCACUGCCACUACAAUUACAAUUCAGAGAGACUGGAUUGUUGUGGUUGCAGGUGAAGACAGAAGCAAAUUGGCAGAUAUGAAUGCUACAGUACGAAGAAUUGACCAGCUGACCAAUAUCUUGGCCCCAAUGGCAGUUGGCCAAAUAAUGACCUUUGGCUCACCAGUGAUUGGCUGUGGCUUCAUUUCUGGCUGGAACCUGUUGUCUAUGUGUUUGGAAUAUCUGCUGCUCUGGAAAGUCUACCAGAAAACCCCUGCUCUAGCUCUCAAAGCUACUUCAAAAAUUGAGGAAUCGGAGCUGAAACAACUGAAUGUACAGAAAGAUAGCGAAUUGAAGCCCACUGAAGGAGUCCAGUUAAUUGGCGAGAAAGAUGUAACAGUCUUUGAGCCCCAGCUGGAGAAGGAAAUCAGCUGUAGUGCCCGGAUUGCUGAACCUUUCAUCACAUUCCGUGAUGGAUGGGUUGCAUACUACAACCAACCUGUGUUUCUUGCAGGCCUGGGUCUUGCAUUCCUCUAUAUGACCGUUCUGGGCUUUGAUUGCAUUACUACAGGUUAUGCAUACACUCAGGGUUUGAGUGGUUCUGUGCUAAGCCUUCUGAUGGGGGCCUCGGCCAUAACUGGAAUCAUGGGAACAGUAGCCUUUACCUGGCUCCGUCGCAAAUGUGGCCUAGUUCGCACAGGCUUCAUCUCUGGAAUAGCCCAGUUUGCCUGCUUGGUCUUAUGUGUGAUUUCUGUGUUCAUGCCUGGAAGUCCUUUGGAUUUGACUGUUUCCCCAUUUGCUGACAUCCGUACCAGGUUAUUGGAAGGACAACCAUUGCCUACUGCACUUCCAGCUGAUAUGUCUGAAAUAUCCUUUACAACUGGAAUGCACAACUGGUUAAACAGGUCUAGCUCUGUUAACAGUGACCUAGAGAUGAGUUCUGACUCUGUGCCUUUAAUCUCUGUUAGUCUUCUGUUUGCAGGAGUCAUUGCUGCUAGAGUUGGCCUCUGGUCCUUUGAUUUGACGGUCACACAGUUGCUCCAAGAAAACGUGAUUGAGUCUGAAAGAGGCAUUAUAAACGGUGUCCAGAACUCCAUGAAUUACCUUCUUGAUCUGCUGCAUUUCAUCAUGGUCAUCCUGGCCCCCAACCCUGAAGCUUUCGGCUUACUGGUGCUUAUUUCUGUGUCCUUUGUUGCAAUGGGCCACAUAAUGUACUUCCGAUUUGCCCAAAAAACCUUGGGGAAUCAGCUCUUUGCUUGCUGUGGUCUUAAAUCCAAAGCCGUCUCUAACGAUUCACCACCUAGUAAUACAUCCACUGUUUAGGGGGUCUCAAAGUAUUGCCAUCCCCUGUUUAAUUAUAAUACAUGUAUGCAGUUAGAUGCUUCAAAGUAGCCAUAAAGGGCAAAGUAAGGUGUUUCUCUACAGUCUAACAGUCAUAGUACACUCACUUCAAGGGAGACCUCCUAACCAGCUAAGAAACUUGGCCAAAUUCAUCCAUAUGUUUCAAGUUUGGGUUAUAAGAAAAUUAUUCUGACACUAAGUUUAGAGUUUAAACUGAAUCACCAAAAUAUGUAGUGUAGGAAUGCAACAAUAUUUUAUCAUAAUUGUAAUUUUGAAUUUCUUCCAUUUUAACCAUGAUCAAGACUAUGGCCUCACUAGCCUAAAUACAUACAGUACUCUUUAGCUGAUGUACAUGUGUAGUCUUCACCUGAAUUUAGAGCAAUUAUUUGCCCAUUGAACAAUAUAGUUCAUGUUUAUUAGCCUAAGUAAAACUUGUUUUACGUUUUUAUUUUGUUUAGGGUUUUUCCCCUUUACAUAAACGUUGUGGUUUCUGCCUAUAUGCUGCUCCAGUUAAGAGAACUGGAUUUUUUUUCCUAAACUGGCUGAAAUGUUAUACUAACAAACAAGUUGUGUGUACUGUGUGGUGUGUCUUUGUUUUUUGUUUUUUUGUUUUUAAGUUCUGAUGUUUGCCUAAAAUAACUCUUUGCCUUUGUCUGGUUUUGAUUUAACUUUAGAGAAACACCUUUGCAGUUUUAGCUUAUACUAGUCUAGUUCAUGACUAAAUAAGUUCAAAAUAUUGUAUUACAUGUAUGUAGCACUUCAUAAAAUUAAGUACAGUAUAACCAAGUAAGCCGAAGCUAUAAAUGUAAUGUAGCAUUGUAAAGCAAAGCUUUUCUAUUAAAGCACACCAAAUGUGCUAAAGAAGGUUUGACAGAGCAGAUAAUGUUAAGGGUCAUGCGUUUGGAUAUAGAAAAAUAGGCUAAGGGCUAAAUCUACUGGUCACCUUUCUGAAAAUUAUCAGAAUAUGAGCAGCUUCAGUUUCGUUUUAAUCUAAUGCCAUUGCUUUAAGAAACCCCAACAUCAGCCUGGUGUAUUAGAAAAUUACUAAUCCAGGCUAAACUAAAUGUAAAGGACAACUUAAAAUAUUUUAAGAACAUUGAUACUUCUUUUCAAAUUCUCUUGUAAAACCUCUUACACUUUUAAAUUACUACCCUGUUUCCCCGAAAAUAAGACAUCCUCCGAAAAUAAGGCCUACUUACAGUUUUGCCUCUCGUUGUAAUAUAAGGCAUCCCCCCGAUAAUAAGACCUCCCC